AUGGCACCACCAACUCCAACUCUCAGAGUCUUCUGCAAGAGAGGGAAUGAGGUUUUUCUUGCUGUGCAGGUGGAACUGAGUUUAUUGCUCUGCAGUUUUUAUUGGGAGAAUCCACCAGUUCACUUAGGUAAAUCUGAGAAAGCUGGUAGGAUUACAAUUGUGGCUGAGGUGGGAAGAGAAGAAAUAGCAGGGCAAUCUGAGGGGACUUUAAUUUGUGCAGUCAAUCCAUAUGCUGGGAAAUCAUUUAAAAAGACUGUGGAAGUGGGUAUGCUAAUAGAUAUGUUGAGGGAUGCAAAUGAAAAGGAGUUACUGGCGGUACUGGAGUGUGUAGAUGCACGGGAAAUAUAUGAUUGGGUCACUAGUUUAUCUUUCAGAGUGCUCAAAAGAUAUUUUUGUAUGAUCUGUCCAUUAUUGACAAGUUUUGCCACCUAUUUUUGUUUGCAGAAUGACCAUGAAGAAUUGGCUUUAUCUGCAAUGAGCAUAGUGGAUUGCCUAGUCCAUAAGACUAGUGAAGUUUUAAAACCUGUAGUUGAUGAAGAGGAAGAUAUUUCUUGGCCUCCUAGAGUUUUCGAGGCUCUCUUUUUCAUGGAAAAAGUGAUAAAUGACUUGCUGGAUCCAAGUGCUCAAAAUUUACGUGUUAGAGAAGAUGCACAGGUUUCUUCUGUAGCUUACUGA